AUGUUCUCCUUGUUACUGCUGCUUGGGGCUAUCUGCCCUACGCUUGGCGCUGUUGUUCCUAGCGUGGUUCGCAGAGAUAUCUCCCCCCCUCUUCUGGAGGAAUUCAACCGCUUCUCGCAGUUCGCUGCUGCCUCGAAUUGCCGAGCGAACCAUAAUGAGACUUCUCCUGGGUCAGCGGUAUACUGUGACUCGGGGUUCUGUAAUCUCGUCCGCGAAGACGAGACGCAGAUCAUCGAGGGGUUCUGGGGGAUCUCCCCCGGAGACACAACAGGGUACCUCGCGCUAGACAAAACCAAGAAAGAGAUCAUUCUGGUCUUCCGCGGCACUGUGUCCGACGAGAACGGCCAGACGGACCUGCAAUUCUUCCAUACUGAUGCAUCGGCCGCCUGCGCAGGAUGCAAAGCCCACGUAGGCUUCUGGGAGGCAUCGAAUGCGGCGAUAGCGUCUCUCCAGCCCAAGGUCGAGAAGGCGGCCAAGCAGAACCCGGGCUACAAGAUCGUCUUAGUAGGGCACAGUCUCGGCGGCGCGCUUGCUACGCUAGGAGCUGUUACCUUACGGCAUGCAGGACAUGUAGUCGAUCUGUAUACCUUUGGCGCACCAUCUGUGGGGAACCUGGCCUUUGCCGAGUUCAUUACCCAGCAAACUUCGGGCACCAAUUAUCGUAUCACGCAUCUCAAUGACGAAGUACCCAAGGUGCUGUAUAAGGCGCACAGAAACUUAAUCCUGGGUAUUCUGGUUCCGGAGUAUAGUCAGACUUCGCCGGAGUAUUGGAUUACCUCGGGUAAUGGUGUGCCGGUGGGGGUGGCUGAUAUCACGGUGGUGGAGGGUAUCAAUAAUGAGGCUGGUAAUCUGGGGACUAUGGAGGUGACGAUGGAGCCUCAUGGGUGGUAUAUGGGGAGUAUGAGUGUUUGUGCUGAGAUUUGA